GUUAUAUAAAUAGGUGAAGAGGGGCAGCAGAGACCUCUUGCACUUUCUUGUCGGCGCACAACCACGCAGCCAGUACUCGCCGAGAGCCAUGGCUCGACACGCGCGUUUGUUUCUCGGUGUAUUGUUGCUCGCCUGCUACGUGAGCAGUGAAAUACGAGUAAAACGACAGGAAGAUGACCCGACAGGAGAUGACGUGAACGCCGAGCAAUUGUGUGAGGGCCGGCCCGCCGAUGAAUAUUUUAGACUCACCACCGAAGGUGACUGUCGAGAUGUCGUCAGGUGCGACCAAGCCAGCGAGAACGGUGUGACCAGGCUCGCCUCUGUGCGGUGUCCCGUUGGUCUUGCCUUCGAUAUCGACCGGCAAACCUGUGACUGGAAAACAAAUGUUAAGAAUUGCGAUAAAAUAGAAAAACCAAGGAAAAUAUUACCUAUUCUCAAGACCGAUGAACCAAUUUGUCCCGAGGGUAAAUUGGCUUGUGGUAGUGGAGAUUGUAUUGAAAAAGAAUUGUUUUGCAACGGUAAACCCGACUGUAAGGACGAAUCUGAUGAAAACGCAUGUACUGUUGACGUAGAUCCUAAUAGAGCACCUGACUGCGACCCUAACCAAUGUACUCUUCCCGACUGUUUCUGCUCUGCUGAUGGUACUCGUAUCCCAGGAGGAAUUGAACCUAACCAAGUGCCUCAGAUGAUUACUAUCACUUUCAACGGGGCUGUAAAUGUUGACAAUAUAGAUUUAUACGAACAAAUUUUUAAUGGCAAUCGCCAUAACCCCAAUGGCUGUCAAAUUCGUGGCAGUUUCUUCGUCUCUCAUAAGUAUACGAAUUACGCAGCUGUACAAGAACUCCACCGCAAGGGACAUGAAAUUGCGGUAUUCUCUAUAACACAUAAGGACGAUCCGCAGUACUGGACAAGUGGAAGCUACGACGAUUGGUUAGCUGAAAUGGCUGGCGCUCGAUUAAUUCUAGAACGUUUCGCUAAUAUAACUGAUGCCUCUAUAAUUGGAGUUCGUGCUCCUUACUUACGUGUAGGUGGAAAUAAGCAAUUUGAAAUGAUGGCCGACCAGUAUUUCGUAUAUGAUGCUUCUAUUACAGCCCCUCUAGGUCGUGUUCCUAUUUGGCCAUACACACUAUACUUCCGCAUGCCACACAAAUGUAACGGUAAUGCGCAUAAUUGUCCAUCUAGAAGUCAUCCUGUUUGGGAAAUGGUCAUGAACGAAUUGGAUCGAAGAGAUGAUCCGACAUUCGAUGAAUCUCUGCCGGGUUGUCAUGUAGUAGACUCUUGUUCCAACAUCCAAACUGGUGAACAGUUUGCUCGUCUUCUGCGUCAUAACUUCAACCGCCACUACUCGACCAACCGUGCUCCUCUUGGUCUCCAUUUCCAUGCUUCCUGGCUUAAAUCGAAGAAGGAGUUUAGAGAUGAACUUAUCAAAUUCAUCGAAGAAAUGCUUGAGAAAAAUGACGUUUACUUUACCUCCUUAAUUCAAGUAAUCCAAUGGAUGCAAAAUCCAACAGAAUUGUCAUCUCUAAGAGAUUUCCAGGAAUGGAAACAAGAAAAAUGCGACGUGAAAGGUCAACCUUUCUGCUCUUUGCCAAAUGCGUGCCCACUGACCACUCGGGAGUUACCAGGAGAAACUCUACGCUUAUUUACCUGCAUGGAGUGUCCCAACAAUUAUCCCUGGAUAUUAGAUCCUACAGGAGAAGGUUUUACUGUUAAGAAGUGAUCUCUUAAAUUAUAUUAAAAGACUGUACACAUGUAAAUAAUACUCAAUAUUGUUAAUAAUAAAUAAUUACAUUUUUGCGAUCGUAUGAGGUCAGAUGUAGUAUAUACAUAUAUUUUUACCCUCAUUGGGUACUUACAAAGCUAUUCCAAUUGUAGUGAAAUGUCACCAAACCGUAGAUAUUAAUCUAUUUUCAAUCUAUAGCACUAAAGCAAAUAAUAGUUUGUAAAAGCCAUCAAGUCAAGGUUUUCAAGAAGGGAUUUUUUUUAAUUAAAUCUGCAGUGUUGAUUGUAGAAACCUAUCUCUAUUAUUGUAAGCUGAUAUUUGGGGCGUUUAAGGCUAAUUAUUAUGAAAUGAAAUGCGGCCUUAAAACUUUUUACUUAAUUGAUAAGUAGACUUAAUAUUGCAUUAAGUAAUUUAGGUUACUACAAAUUUAUGAACAAUAAAAUUUAAUUUUGAAGUAAAA